AUGACAACAUUAUUCAGAAAAGUGUAAAUUUAUUUUAACGUGUAGUUCAAAACAAAUGAGCAAAAUCUGGUUGGCUGGUGUUAACACACAGUGUUAACUGUGUAUUAAAGUCCUUUUGAGUACUUAUUUUUGCAAAUUAUUGUUAGUUUUUUUGAAAAUUAGUUUGGUGUGGUUAAAAAGUUGCGCCGUUGGGCAUUCCAGCGCCUAGGGACAUGUGCAAUUUGUCAAGAUGUGACAGACAGGGGUGCCACCUCAGGUGGAGUUUUGACUGUUGCUGGUUCAGUUAACGUUUUAAAAUAAUUUUCUUAGUUUAUUUUAAAUAAAAAUUUUUAAAACUGCUUUAGUUUCAAGGAAUGGAUGAUGUUAAUUUUGCACACAGAGCCCGCAAACGUAUAAAAGAAGUGAAGAAAAAAGCUAGACCAGAACUCAACACAAAAGAAUCCUGGACCCAAUGCAACUACGCAAAUAAUUUCGAAAGCUUCUGGGAAUUCACAGACAACUGCGAACGAAUCGAAGAAUCCCAAGUUUCACAAAGAGAAUUUAUAUCAAAUUAUGAGCUUCCCUACAAGCCAGUCGUUAUCACUGGAACUCAGGUAGGCUGGAAAGCCAACGAAAAGUGGACUUUAGAAAAACUGGUGAAAAAAUACCGAAACCAAAAAUUUAAAUGUGGUGAAGAUAAUGAAGGUUAUAGUGUUAAAAUGAAGAUGAAGUACUAUGUACAUUAUAUGCUCAAUUCUAAAGAUGAUAGUCCUUUGUAUAUUUUUGAUAGCAAUUUCGGGGAGCAUCGUCGCCGAAAAAAAUUAUUAGAAGAUUAUGAAGUGCCCUAUUACUUCAGAGACGACCUAUUCAAACACGCCGGAGAAAACCCCAGACCCCCAUAUCGAUGGUUCGUCAUGGGUCCGGCCCGCUCUGGGACUGGGAUACACAUUGAUCCCUUGGGAACUAGUGCCUGGAACGCCCUCCUUCAAGGACACAAAAGAUGGUGUCUCUUCCCCACCCACACCCCCAAGGAAUUACUCAAAGUAACGGGAUCAAUGGGCGGCAAGCAACGUGAUGAGGCCAUCACGUGGUUUAACUUCAUCUACCCCAAAAUAAAAGACCCAUCGUGGCCCAGCGACUGUCAGCCCAUCGAAAUUUUGCAGAAACCCGGUGAGACCGUGUUCGUUCCUGGCGGCUGGUGGCACGUGGUUUUAAACCUGGACACAACGAUCGCAGUUACGCAGAAUUUUUGUAGUAGAACGAAUUUCCCGGUGGUCUGGCACAAGACGGCGCGGGGUAGACCGAAAUUGUCGCGGAAGUGGCUGAAAGCCCUGAGGAAGAACGAGCCCGAUUUGGCGAAACUGGCCGACAGGAUAAACAUAGAGCAGCCGUCGGGGAUGGCGUCGGAUAGUUCUAGUAAUUCGUCGACCAGUUCGAGCUCGGAUUCGGACAGCACGGACUCGGAGGACGGCGACAGCGGACAAGAAUCCAUUUCUGCGAAGAAGAAACGAAGGAAAUCGGAUAACGACUCGGAACGCAAUCGGAAAAUAUCACGCACUGAUAGUCUUGAUUGCGUUACGUCGUGGGAUUUAAAUCAUCGAGCUUCCAUAUCAAAUCUGUCAACGGAGAAGGCCAUACCAAUUUCUGUGAGACAAGAUUGAUAUCUGCAAUUCUGAAACAGAUCGUUAUUCUUUGUUUAGUUACCAUUCUUUAGUCCGUUCUGUUAGCAAGUUUGUUUUGUUCGUGUCUAGGAAAUUGUCACUUUUGUUUCAAAGUAUUUAAAGUUAUUUAUUGUGAACGAGAAAGAGGUUGGCAAAUUAUAUCAUAACCUAUAAUAUCGGUGCCAAGUUUCAUAUUUUAUUACAGGUUAUGCAUUGUUCAAAGUUCGUUAAUAAUUCGUUGAUUAUUUCUCUUUUAUAAACCAAAGGUCCCCAAAUUUACGAUCAUCGGAUUAUUAAUUUCCUUGAAGAUUGCGAAACGUGGUAGAGAUAUACGUUAUUUUGAAAUAAACUCCGCCCAAAGUGUGUUGAGGGCGGGGCUUCCUAGCUCCGUCUAAAUAUCAAGCGGCAUAUUUCUACCGAGAAUUUGUUUAACAAAAUCAGUAUUUUACGAAUAAUUUACCAAUUUCUUAAGAUUAUAAAUUGAAUUUUAGAGAUACUAUUCUGUUGUUCUUUAUUACAAAGUCUUAUAGCUCCUUAUAAAGUAUAUUGUGUAAAUAUAGUUAAUAUUCCUUGUUGGGUCAUUUGUGAUCUAAGCUAGUGCCUGAAUUUGUAUAUUUGGUAUUUGGUAAAUUGCAAAUGUAUACACAAAAUGAAAUAUUACUUAAGGCUCAAUAUUUUAUCAUUUAUUUUCACGUAGGGAAAUUUAGGGGUAGUAGUAACGAUUUCAUUUAAAUUACCAACUGUAGGAACACCUGCAAAAUUCAGUUCAGUCACACGUUUCAGGCACUUACCAGGUUUUGUUACACAUAUUAUUAUUUAUUUGAAAAAUGGACUGUCGAGUUGUUCACAUGAGUCACGUGGGCUUUCACACUAUUUUCACCAAAAAUGUGAGUACGUAACUUCGAUUUUUUUAUACCACAGGAUGGUGUUCAAGCCCCUACCAGCAAGUAUUAUACUCAAAAUUAGCUAACAAAGAUGAACAACUAUGUAACAAGUGUAAUCAACUUUCUGUGUGUGCCUUUUGUCUUUUGAAUAUUUCUAAAUAAAUAUUAAUAAGAUGCCA